AUGGAGGCCGACCCGAAAGCCGGCGAAGCGGCGCCGACCGUGCAGGACUUCCCUCUGUAUCUCGACCUCGGUAGUGGACUCACUGCCAAGCUCGAGGAACACGACUACGCCGUCCUCGUAGACCAUAGGCUAGAGUUCAACGCCCGUUGCUUGGGAUUCGCAUCAAGAGCACAUUGCAGCAUCGUUGUCAUCCUGUACCCCGGCGACCUGUUGAAGGGUGGGGGGGAGAAGAUCAGGACCUCGAUCCGGCACUUUGACCCGCAGACCGUGAAGCAGUGGCACCACGACGAGGCGAUCCGCGUGCUGAAGUUUUUCCGGGUGGCGGUCCUGGCCGAGCUUGGGUGCGAUGGUAGGAAGUGGGAGUGGGCGAAGCCUUCCGAUGAAGAGGUGGAGGACAGGCUCGCCGACUGCGAUCAACCCGUUCGAGAUAAAGUGCCCGACGCCGUCCGGGACGGGGAUGCGGGCUCCGGCCUGCUAGCAAUGAGCGCGUUGUGCUGGGUGGUGAGGAGGAUGGAUCUCCUGACCGGCGCCCUCCGUCGCAGUGAGACCGGCAUGGACAAGGUCAACGUUUCGGGGUUGAAGGGGCUGCGGAAUGGGAUGAUAACAUUCGUCAAGGAGCACGUCGCUCUCAAACGGUCGGGCCAUGUCGGAGUUACCGCCGACGCCUGUGACCACGACGGCGAGGAGGCCCCUUUGGCAUCCACAGCAAUAGGUGUCGCCUACACCGUCGAUGAUGCGCGUGGGACUUCGAUCGGAGAGCCCGGAGGCGGCGUCGACAAGGAAGAUGAGGAGGCAGGAAGGGCGGUGACUGGGACCGCGGAGAAGAACCAGGAGGAUAACGAGGAUCAGGAAGAGGACCAUGAGGAUCGUGAGGAGGAGGAGGAGGAGGAGGAGGAGGAGGAGGAGGAGGAGGAGGAGGAGGACGACGACGAGGAGGAGGAGGAGGAGGAGGAGGAGGAGGAGGAGGAGGAGGAGGAGGAGGAGGAGGAGGCGGAGGAGGCGGAGAAGCAGCAAGAGGGGGAGCAGGAGGAAGAGGUCGAGUGGGAGUUGGAGGAAAUGGAGGUGGAGUACGUAGAGGGAGCGGCGGAAACGGCUGGGAGGUCGGCAGAUGUUGUGAACAAGGGAGGGGAGGAUGCCGACGAGGAGAAAGUCGGCGUGGAGGAGGCUCACGGGGGGGGUGAGAAGGUCGUGGUCGGCGAUGUGGAUGGCGACGCGAAGGAAGUUAUCGACCUCGAGGUCGUUGGAGAAGGGGAUAACGCCGCGGCCACGAAGCAGACGGGCGUGGAAGCGCCUACCGAGACCACCGCAGGGAAGGCCGGGGGGGAGCGGUCUAGGGUGAAGAAGGCGGCGCGCGGUCAUCCCGGUUCCUCCGCAUCUGGUCGGCAGGCACCGCUGGACGUCGUCGAGCAGCUGCGACAGGAGAACAGGCGAUUGACGGCAGAAAAUGCCCGUAUGGAGAAGGCGCUCGAAGAUGAAAGGGGUCGGGUGGACAGGUUUGUGUUGGGGAUGCGGGGACUCCUCGACAAGCUCCAGUCGUUGGCCGACCAGGUCGCCGUCUCCGACCAUAAUGCGGCGAAACGGCUGCUAGAUGCGACGUCGGCCGUGUCGACAACCAUCACGGACAACAUCACCAACCACAUGGACGAAUCGUGGGAGGCGAUGAAGUCCUUCGCCGAAAAGGCGUCGACGUGGUUGGCGGAAAUCGACGGUCCGGAGGGAAGUAUGGCAGUUGAACGCGCAAAAGCGGUCGCCGCCUUGGGCAACCACGUGGAAGCGGUGGUGGACGAUGCGAAGCUGGGUUUGGAGGACUUCAUCUCGAAGCACCUAGCCGCCGCGCAGGCCAACAUUGCCGCCGCGGUAACUCGCACCAUCGCCGUGCCGCCGCCGCCCCCGCCGCAGCCCACGCCAGCCUUUCCGGACGAGCUCAUGAAGUCGUUCAAGGCGGACGUGUUGAAGGCGGUGACGGAGGCCACCCAGCAGUCGUUUGUUGCGUCCGGGUUAAAGCUCAUGACCGAGGUGAUCGGCAAUGUGGCGGCUGGUCGGCGUGCGUCGUCGCCGUCGGCCAAUGACGCCGAUCCCGCGCAACGAAGGGAGGCCGACAAGCAGGGCCGGAAAAGGGCGGGCGGCGGAGAUGAUGCAGGGAGCGUGAAACGGAGCAAGGGAGCCGAUGGAGGCCGCGGCGUCGGCGCGGUGGGUCCAGGCGGCUCGCGGACUCGAGGUCAGAGCGUGGUCGACCAGCUCAAGAAGAACGGGGCCAAGGUGAUAAGCCCGUCAGCCGCCAACAACGAUGGGCCGGCCCUUGUGGCUACUCCAGCUGCAGUGGGCCCGUCUGCCGCCAAGGGCGACGCGAAGGAUGCUGCGGCUAACCGCGACGGUCCGUCCGCCUCUAAGGUGCCCGCAGCAGCGAACGCGCUCAGGGAAAUGCUCCACCGCAUGGAGGCCCAUCGCAAGGACGUGCAGCAGCCUCCCUUGGUCGAUGCCGCCCCCGCCGAAGCAGCACGUCGCACGGUCACUCCGCAGGUCGCCGCCACAACGCCCAGUGCCCCACAUACCGCGCCUCUGGUCGCCGCCCAUCCUACUGCGGACCCAAAGUCCGCAUUGCUUCGCGCUCGGUUAGGCGCACGUAGUGCGGCAGCGCCAGCACAGACUCGGCCGGAAGCCGGAUCAAGCGCGACGCCGACGUCGGUAAACGAGGCGGCGAAGAAGGGCGUGAGGGCAGCGCUAGCCACCGGCGGCGGAGCCGUUGACCAUGCACAGGCGUCGAUAGGCCACAACGACGCCGACAUCGCUGCCAUCCAGAACCUGUUGGAAUCGGUAAAACGCCCCGGGCACCCCGCUGCUCUGGCCAUCUCGGACACGGCGCAUGUGGAGCCCUUGGCGAAUCCCCCCGCUGGUUCAGCGGAGCCAAAGACGACCACUGAUGCUGUCGGCGAUGGAGAGUCGAAACGGAAGGGGAAGGCCGACACAGUGAAAGGGAGGGCGAGCUCUCAGAGGAAAACACGGGCGAUGUCGGCCGAGACAGGGAGGGAUAAGGCGAAGGAGAAGUCGGUGGAGAAAGGGAAGGAGAAGGCGGAGGAGAAGGAGAAGGAGGAGAAGGAGAAGGAGAAGGAGAAGGAGAAGGAGAAGGAGAAGGCGGCGGAGAAGGAGAAGGAGAAGGCGGCGGAGAAGGAGAAGGAGAAGGAGAAGAAGGAGAAGGAGAAGGAGAAGGAGGAGAAGAAGGAGGAGAAGGAGAAGGAGAAGAAGGAGAAGGAGAAGGAGAAGGAGGAGAAGGAGAAGGAGAAGGAGAAAGGACGGAAGGGUCAUGGCAUCCGCCACGACAACUCGGGCGACGGUCUUGGGUGGGUGGGCGAGAUUAAGGUGCUCGGCCCUAAUCGAUACAUCGGCAAAUCGCGCGAGAAGAUGGAGCUGGCGUACUUGCACUCGAUUGCGUACAUCGUCUACGACGGCUACGUCAGCAAGGUCCUCAUGGCCGAGCUCACCGGCUUGGAGGAAACCGAGUUGGAGAAGUGGAGGAUGGUGUGGGAGGAGGUCAAGAUUUUGCCGACAGGGAUGUGGACGGUGAUAUGGGCACGGGGCGCGUACCUUCCAAAAACACGGUUCGAUGACAUUAUCGGCCAGUAUCGAGCGUACAAGAGCUCAGGCGAUGCGCACCACGACGCGCUCUUGCCGGCGAUCUGGUUCCCCGUCGAUGCCGUCACAAAGGAAGGCCAGGAGAAGUCGGAUGCUAUGAUGUCGGCCAUGAUAGGUCGCGUGUCCAUGUGCGCUGCGUAUGGGAAGGUCGCUGCGAGCGCGGCGAGGAAGGAGGGAGACACUGAUGAGAAGACGGCGAUGGCGGCACAGGCGUUAUCGGCCUCCGCUUGCGCCGUGUGGUGCUUAGUCGAGAACGACGACGCCCAGAUGGUCGAUGCUGUGGGCGAAGGGAAGGUGGCGGCGAUGGUGGUCGGUGCGAGCGAGAAGACCGCCGGUGUCUUCAAGGAGGUCAUGCAGGCGGUGCUGGAGGCCGAGAUCGACCGGGAGCAACCCCUGGGGGAGGUUGCGCACAACGUCGCGCCGGCGCUGCAGAGUCUCGCUCUGCACCGGGUCUACCCGGGGGUGGAUCAUGAAGUCGAAGCCGACGUGAUUGCUAGAGCGACAGUGGAGACAUUGGCGUUCUGGGGAAUGUGCCCCGUCGCCGGGCCGAAACUCGAAAAGAUCGGCAUCGCGGUGCCGUGUGGCACGCAGAUGGAGUACGACAUUGAACACAGGGGGAGGAAGGGGCAGAGAGGCAAGCAGGGCAAGGACAGCACGGGGAAGAAGGGGAAGAAGGGCAAGAAGGGCAAGGACAGCACGGCGGCCUAG